AUGGGUGUCGGGCGUCGCAUUGGGAAGAAGCAGGGUCCUCCACAACCGCUUGAAGAAUUCACUGUAAAAAGUGGUAAAAAGGCGGUUAGGAAGCGGAAAGCAGACAAGGCGGACAGCGCUCCUAAGGGAGUCAAGCGACGAAGAGGAGUCGAUGAUGGAGAUGACGGCGAAGAGCGGCCAAAGAGCGCAAAGACAAACGGUGCGAAAGCCGGGAAGAAAGACUCUGUGAAGCGGAAGAAUACCAAGGCGCCUAUCACAGAGGGCGCACGCACCAAGGAUGAGAAGAAAAAGGUAGCAAAACCCGUGGAGGUUUCUGAACCGGAAGACUCUGAGGAGGAUAUGGAUGGUGAAAUGCUUGAUGAUGAGUUUGGUGACCUAGAUGGGGUUAGUGACGGGUCCGCAGAUGAUAUGGAUGCGUUGGAUCAGGAAGAUUCAGAUCUUGAGAGCCAUUCAGCGUUCGAUUCAGAUGAGGAACGGCCCCGAGAGAAGAUGUUCUCAGAUGACGAAGAUCUUUCAGAUGCGGAAGAGAUUCUCACUGCCGCCAAUAUUGAGGGAUUGUCCAAGAAACUGGACAUGCAGAAGGAAGAGGAGGCUGCACAGGCAGAGCUUGAGCUGAAAGAGGCUGCUAUGCAAACAAAUAUUGCAGGUGAUGCACCCGAUGUAUUUGCGGAGCAUGAAAAUCUCACAGCUGGACUGGCUCCAAACCUGCAACUGCUUCGAACUCGCAUCACAGAUACAAUUCGUAUUCUUGGUGAUUUAAGCACGCUUGGUCAACCAGGAAAAUCGCGCGCAGACUAUACCGACCUCCUCUUAAACGACAUAUGUGUAUACUACGGAUACACUCCUUACCUUGCAGAGAAAUUAUUUUCUCUGUUCACUCCUAUGGAAGCAUUCUCUUUCUUUGAGGCUAAUGAGUCUCCCCGACCAAUUGUUAUUCGAACAAAUACACUACGUACCAAUCGACGAUCACUAGCUCAGGCAUUGAUUAACCGAGGAGUUGUUCUAGAGCCUGUUGGGAAGUGGUCAAAAGUUGGUCUUCAGGUAUUCGAGUCCCCAGUUCCUCUGGGUGCUACUCCAGAAUACCUUGCUGGACAUUACAUUCUGCAAGCAGCUUCAUCCUUCCUCCCCGUCAUGGCGCUUGCUCCACAACCUCAUGAGCGUAUCCUCGACAUGGCAGCUGCUCCCGGUGGUAAGACAACAUACGCCUCUGCGUUGAUGCGAAACACUGGCAGCAUUCUUGCCAACGAUGCCAGUAAGACUCGUGCAAAGGGUCUUAUCGGUAAUAUUCACCGCUUGGGAUGCAAAAACACUAUUGUCUCAAACAUGGAUGCUCGAACAGCUUUCCCCAAAGCUAUUGGAGGCUUUGAUCGAGUGCUGCUCGAUGCCCCCUGCUCAGGAACCGGCGUUAUCUCCAAGGAUCCAAAGGUGAAAACGUCCAAGACAGAGCGUGACUUUUUAGCGCUACCGCACAUGCAGAAGCAGCUACUUCUUGCUGCUAUCGACUCUACCAACCAUGCUUCGAAAACGGGCGGGUAUAUAGUCUACUCAACAUGUAGCGUCACGGUUGAAGAGAACGAGGGCGUCGUACAGUACGCCCUGAGGAAACGACCAAACGUGAAGAUAGUCGACACCGGCCUGGGAAACUUUGGAACUCCCGGCUUCAAGAGCUACAUGAACAAAAAGUUUGACGAGAAGAUGCCGCUGACUCGACGAUACUAUCCCCACCGUGAAAAUGUUGACGGGUUUUUCGUCUGUAAGCUGAAAAAGACUGGACCCAGCCCUGCGGAGACGACCCAAAAGGCUCCAGGAACCUCCGAAGGUAGCGGUGGCGAAGAGAUUAUUGAUAGGACCCCAAUUACCCCAGAGACUGGGGAUACCGAUGCGGACGGAUUUGGCCCCUUCAACGAGGACGAGGACGAGCAGUACAUCUCCCGCGCUCAGAGGAACAAGCUCCGUCGCCAGGGCCUCAAUCCCAAGGCGGUGAUCAACAAGAAGAGCAGCCAGGAUGGCGAGAAUCACAAGCAAAAGAAGCAAAAAGGGGCAAAGGAGAAGAAGGAUAUAUCUGCUUAG